GGCAGAUAAGUCUUUUGAGUCGUGGGCUCCUCUCUCUCUCUCUCUCUCUCUCUCCCUUGUCCGCUCCACCCCGCUCCCCUCGAAGCGUGAUCCAACAACCGCCUCCGCUUCGCUGCUACGAGCUCGUCCGUCCUCUUUGGCAGGCCGAUUCCAAUCUCUCUGCCCUCCUCCGUGUUCGUCGCUGUAGAAUACGCGGCGGUUGAAGGUACGAGGCGAGGAGGACAAAAAAGAGAGCAAGUUCUACCACUGUCUGCAACCUCACCGUCUGCCCCAUAUUUUUAUCUCGACAUGGAUGAGUACUUGGGCAAGAGAGCAGCUGGAGAACAUAACUUUCCUAGAAGGCCCAGCAUUGCUUCUAGAAACCAAAAUAACCGAGGCCGUAGUGUUCACUAUCCUGACAGGCUAGGAUGCGGUGCCAGGCAAAAUACCACAAGGGGUGCUCUAUUUGGUAGUCAAGAAAAAUAUAAAUAUACAAGGGCUCCCUUCAGUUCCAUGAACUGUGAAGCCAUGGAUGCUAGCUCUUCCAGAUCAUCUCCUAUUUCUAGUGGCUGUGGUAGGUCUUUCCGUGAACAGAAGAACAAAGAAUUGCUGAGGGAAUCAACUAUUGCAGAAAGUAGCACCAAGCAAGAUGAGAGUGAAGAUUUGAUCAACAUUGACCAGCAGGUUUAUGUAGAGAUUCUGAAUUCUGAAUCACAAAGGAGGUUGGAAGAUUCAGAAGGCAUUUCUGUGACCACAGAGCAUUUCAAACCUUCAGUUCUUCAGAACAUUUCUACCAAUAUAACUGAGUCAAGCAUCAGUGCAUCAGUUCCAAAACCACAUAGACGAAUCAAUAGACAAUUUGGCACAGGAAAGCAAGAUCCUUCUUCAAGUUCCUUUCUCCAUCACUCAAACGUUUCGCAUAGGAACUCCAGUCAUGCUGUUAAACCGAUCUCUCAAAGGUUGAGCUCUGGGCCAGAGACAUGUAGCCUUAAAAGUUUAAGUUGCACAUCAAUAUCGGAUAUUCUUCCUUCAGGUUGUUCAUCUUCUGAUUUCACACAUCAUAGGAGAGCUGAUGCAGUAAGAAAGAGGCCAUCUGGUGGAGAUAGCUCUGCUGCCAGAAGCAAGGGUGCAAGUGCAUCAUCCGGUGGAGGUUAUGUAGUUCCCAUGCAUACUGGUGCUGGCUCAAGUUCAUCUAGUAGGGAUCAAUCAAUGCAUCAGCCCAUGUCAAGGACCAGAAACCAGCCUACCAUCAGGGACGGGUCAGUCUCAGUUAGAACUCAUAGGGGUUCAACUGAAGAAAAUCAAAUGAGGUUGUCUGUUCAAGGUGAUGAUAGCACCCUUCUAUUGCAUGAACCCAUUAUGAAUCCUGAAUAUCAGUGGGCACAAUUUUUUAGUCCAGAUACACCACCUGAAAAUGCAUCAAGAUCAUCACCUGCUUUGUACAAUUUGUAUGGACGACCAGGUUCAGGCAAUCGGGCUUCUCAAAGUACAUUACUAUCUCAACCUGAAGAUAACAGCACACGGAUGUUCUAUGGCUCUUUGAGAGAUAGAGAUGUUUAUCGUCGCUUCAACAUGGAUGGAUUUGCAGAGGUUCUCUUGGCACUAGAGCGGAUUGAACAAGUUGAGGCAUUGGCACAUGAGCAAUCGUUGAUGUUGGAGACAAGUUUGCUUUUUGGUCGGCUUAGCUUCCAUGAUCAUCAUAGAGAUCUGAGAAUGGACAUUGAUAAUAUGUCCUACGAGGAACUGUUAGCCCUUGAGGAGAAAAUGGGUACUGUAAGCACAGCCCUGUCAGAGGAGCAAUUGUCUAAAUGUCUUGAAAGAAGCAUAUAUGAACCUACCCAUCUGACCACUGGAAUUACCUUCUGCUUUGAUGAGGAUAUGAAAUGCAGCAUAUGUCAGGAAGAAUACAUUGGUGAGGACGAAAUAGGGAAGUUGUCCUGCGAGCAUCGCUACCAUGCCACAUGCAUUGCCCAGUGGCUUCGGCGGAAGAACUGGUGCCCGAUCUGCAAGUCAUCUGUCCUGCCAUCACAGUAAUCUGGCUAAAACCUCAGCCGUUUGUGUCCUCUGUGAAUACAGACUUGUAAUAAAUCUAGGAUUCUUCCUCAUGUCUGAUUGAUUCCCCAGACAUGUAUCACAACUUUCAGAAUGUUGUGUGGGACAAUGCCAUAUGAAGCAGCUCCUAUAUGCUUUGUUACCUCUGUUUUCCCAGCUGAAAUUAUUUAAGAAUUUAAAAAGCCUAAUUAGGAUUA